AUGGAGCUGGACAAUCAAACUUUCCAGACAGAAUUCCUCCUCUUGGGCCUUUCAGAGCCGGGGCCCUGGCAGGCUGUGCUGUUCCCGGUCUGUUUUUGCAUCUACCUAGCAGGGCUGGUGGGGAACCUGCUCCUUGUCUUCUUGGUAAUAACUGAUUCGCACCUGGACACCCCCAUGUACUUUUUCCUUGGUAACUUCUCCUUCCUAGAGAUCUGCUUCACAUCAGUGACCGUGCCCAGGCUCCUAGCUAACACACUGGCAAGCAUGAAGGCCAUUUCUCUGCCUGGCUGCCUACUGCAGGUGUACUUCCUGCACUCCAUGGGCUGCACAGAGUGCUUCCUCCUGGCUAUAAUGGCCUUUGACCGCUACCUGGCCAUACACAGGCCCCUGCACUACAGCACCGUCAUGACCAGGCGCCUCUGUGUGACCCUGGCGGCCACCACAUGGAUUGCCUGCCUCCUCUACUCCUCCCUCCACAGCGUGAUCCUGUCUCAGCUCUCCUUCUGCAGGAGGUCCCAGGAAAUCCAUCACUACUUCUGCGAUAUUCCCGCUCUGCUGCAGGCAGCCUGCUCAGAUGUUUCCCUUGGCAAGAGCGUGCUGCAUGUUGCUGGCACAGUGGUGGUGGUCUGUCCCUUUGCCUGGACCUUGCUCUCCUAUGUCCUCAUCCUUGCAGCCAUCCUGCACAUCCGCUCUGCCCAGGGCCGAGCCAAAGCCUUCUCCACUUGCACCUCCCACCUUACCAUGGUUCUGCUUUUCUACGGCACAGUCUCCAUAGCGUAUGUGCGGCCUCAGAGGAGCUGCUGCUCAGAGAUGGACCGGCUGGUGUCACUGCUCUACACCAUCGUGACUCCCACACUGAACCCCGUUGUGUACAGCCUGAGGAACAAGGAAGUGAAGGGAGCCCUGAAGAGCCUGCUGAGCCGGGCAGAUCGCUCCUAG